AUGUUUAAAAUUCUAUGGAUUCUCGCUGCGGUGACCAACAUUUGGGCCACAGACUACAACGCGAUCAUUGAGGAUCCGACGAUCUACACGCCAUGUGAAAACGGGCCACCUGGAUCGGUUUUCAUCCACGACGCCUUCAACAUGGACAAUAUGAAAUUGGACCUGGAGGAAGACGGCAUCCAUGUUUCGGGAAAUGCCACCGUCAAAUGGAAUUUCGAUCCUACCGAUCGGAUUUUAUCCAGAUUCAGUGUGAUGCAGUUCAAUCGUGGUUCCUGGGAACCGACAGUAUAUAAUGUGAACAAUCCAGACUUUUGUGCGACGAUGUUUGACAAGGAUCAAUACACAUAUAAGUAUUGGUGGAAGUAUGUACGCAACCGCGAGGAGAUACAAGAAAAGUGCAUUAAAAUUAAAGAUACUGUUCUGGAAUUUGAUCCGUUCAUCAUGGUACUGCAACUAAACAAUAUCCGCGGUGUAGAUCUAAGGGGACGCUAUAAAGCAGUGGUUUCUUAUGAAGCAUUCGAUAAAAAUAAUGUUCGGCGACCGACGUCUUUAUGCUUUGAGAUAAAAUCCGAGCUUGAGAAGAUUAAGACAUAACAAUAAUUACUUUCCGAAUGCAAGAACUUCGAUUUUGUACGUAAUGUAUUGUACCUAUUCUAUUAUGUUAACCAUUUAAUCACAUAUAUACAUGUGAAUAUA